AUGGACUAUGCACUGUGUCCGGAGGACGAUGGAUCAGGAUGUGUCUGCACAGCUGUGUUUGCUGGCUUGUUUCAUUCUGACUGUGGACUUGACUUUGGGUUUGGGGUCAAAUCAAGACAUGCAAUUUACAUUUCUGUUACCUGCUGGCAGCACUGAGUGCUUUUACCAAACCACCAUGAGUAACGACAGCAUGGAAGUUGAAUACCAGGUGAUAGCCGGGUCAGGCCUUGAUGUCGGCUUUGCCCUCAUCUCACCCAGCGGACACCGAUUGGUCUCUGACUUCAGGAAAUCUGACGGCAUGCACAUGGUGGAUCCCACAGAGGAUGGGGACUACCGGCUGUGUUUCGACAACAGCUUCAGUAAGCUGUCAGAGAAGAUGGUGUUUUUUGAGGUGAUCAUUAACAGUCAGAGCAGCACAGGUAGAGGCAGAGAGGAGUGGGCAGACAUGGCCGCCACAGAGAGCAUGGCGGAGUACAAACUGGAGGACAUCAGGGCCAGGAUGGAGUUUGUGUACCAGCAACUGGAGAGGAGCCGCCAGGUCCAGACUGUGCUGCGGGCCUUUGAGGCGAGGGACCGCUACCUUCUGGAGGACAACCUGUGGCGGGUGUCCUUCUGGUCCUGCCUCAACCUGCUUGUCAUGCUCACUGUGGCCGUCACACAGAUCUACACCCUGCGGCGCCUCUUUGACGACACCAAGCGGACCCGCACAUAGAGGCAACAGAACUGUUUGUUUAAGCUCCAGCCAACAGAGUGCAGAGAGUGUGUUUUGCACUAAACCCUCCACUAACAUGAGCCCUGUGAGCUGAAUUUAAAAGGAUAGUUCACACUUUUGAUUCAUCAUGCACUGGGAACUUUUUAUUUGUAGGCACAAAGUGCUUGGUUGAAUCUUUUAUGAAUUCCAGUUAUACACACAGACACACACACACGAUACCCUCAGCACUGAUAUUUGUUUAUAGUGUCAGCUAGAAAACCGAAGCUGUUCUCACUGUAAUGUUGUUUUAUUGAAUUUCACUUAUUACAUUUUACAUUGUCAUUUAUGCUUUAUCAAACCAGAAGCUAUAGCAAAACCAAAUAAUAUUAGAAACCUUGCCUCAUACAGUAAAAAAGAUUUUCUUUCUUUGGAUGCAAUUGCACUUUGUUGUUAAGAACAUACAUAACGCAAUAGACAAGAUUUAUUGUGCAUUCAUAUCACUACCACUCUUUUGUCUCACACUAGGCCUAUUGAGGAACUUGCUGGGUCCGCUCAGCUUCCUGAGCCGUCGUUUACAUUUUCUUUGUCAUAAAUCAAGCACUUGAAUGGCAUUUUUCUUUGUCAUCACAGAACAGAUGCUCCAAUAAUAAAUUCUCAUGUUGACCUGC